CAACUUUGCUUCGUUAAGCGGCGACGCAGUUUGUGGGCUUGAUGGGCUUGGUCGACGCGCUGCUGGCGCGCCUGCGCGGCUUGUGUGGCGGCAAACUCGCCGUAUGCAGCAGACCCUCGGCGAAUGGGCGCCGGGGGCGGCUAUGGAGCCGUGCCGCAGAGCUCGCCGCCCGCCUCGCCGCCGGGGCCGACCUGGCAGCAGCAGCAGCAGCAGCCUCCGUACCCGCAGCCGCAGCAACAACCAGCCGCACUGUCAGGCGGGGAAGGCGGCUUCUUGGGAGUUGGACCGGAUGCGGCGCGGGGUCCGCCGCCGGCUGGCUGGCUGGCAAUGAGUGGCGGCGCACCGGCGCCCGCCACACCCGCAGAGGCCGCCCCUGCCGGCUUCCCGCUGCCGCCCCAGCAGCUCCAGCCGCCAACGUCGCAGCCCAUGUACCAGCCGCCGCCGCCACAGCAGCAGCAGUGGCAGCAGCCGCCGCCACCACAGCAGCAGCAGCAACCCGUGUACGGCUACGGCGCUCCAGGGUACGGGCCUGGCAGCGCCUACGGCGCCGGUGCGGGCAUGGGCCCCGGCAUAGGUAUGGGCAGCAUGGGCAUGCAGCCUGGCGGGAUGGCGAUGGGCCGGCCGGGCUUUGGUCCGGGCGGGCUGCUAGCGGGCGGGCUGGGAGGCCUGGGUGCCGGCCUCCUGCUGGGGGGAGCGCUGGAUGCAGGCGACGGCGGCGGCGACUGGGGGGACGGAGGCGGCGGCGGCUUUGGGGACGGUGGUGGUGGGUUUGGUGAUGGGGGAGGCGACUUUGGCGGCGACUGAGCUCUGAGCGCGUGUGUGUUGAAACACAUAAGGGAAGGAGAGAGAGUGUGUGCGUUUGCAGGCGUCUGCGGCUGUGUACAUUGAACGUGAUGGCUGUUCGGUUGGUGGGUGGUGUGCGGCUUGUGGCGCGGCUGGGAAGGGCUUGGAUUGGGUCGUGCCCAGUAACUCGCGCGUGUGACACUGCACCCAGGGCCUGGCGGUUGACACGUGCGACCUGGUGUCUGCGGCACGGGCUCGUGGAACUGUGGAUGACGGGCGUGAGACGGGGUGUCGUGUUGAACCUUGUGCGGAAAAAGAGAGGGCGGUAUGAGGGCAGGGGGGAAGGCGUCCGAGACGUGGCAUAAGGCGGCGUAAGCAUGAAAGGUUUCGCAGGGCGGAGUUCAUACCAUGCACGCAGUGACGUCGAAAAGAUUUUGGCCUGUAAGCACCAUUAUCU